AUGAGGGGAUAGCGUAAAUUGACCAUUCGGAUAACUGAGCUGGAAGACAUCUCAGAGCGCGAGCGAAUGAGGGCAGCCAAUCUGGAGAAGACCAAGAACAAGUUGACAAUUGAUAUUAAAGAACUACAGGUCGAAGUGGACAAUCUGUCCAAUGCGAAUGCCGAGUUGGCCAGACGAGCCAAGGCAGCGGAACAACUGGCCGCAGAACUGCAACAUCGUAACGACGAGCUCAUCAUUGAAGUGAACAACCUUAGCAGUGCAAAUUCACAGCUUGCCGCGGAUAAUAUGCGCCUUAAAGGACAGGUGAACGAUUUGUCCGACAAAAACAACAAUUUGGAUCGAGAAAAUCGUCAAUUAUCUGAACAAUUAAAGGAAACCAAGAAUGCCCUUCGGGAUGCCAACCGUCGUCUGACUGACUUGGAAGCCCUGCGCUCUCAGCUCGAAGCUGAGCGUGACAAUCUGGCCGCCGCUCUCCACGAUGCUGAAGAGGCGCUGCGCGAUACCGAGCAAAAGUACCAAUCAGCACAAACUGCGCUCAGCCACCUACGCUCGGAGAUGGAACAAAGACUGCGCGAAAAGGAUGAUGAACUUGAGAGCCUUCGGAGGGAACUAAGAACAUUUCCUCCAUAG